GACUUUAGAUACAUAAUUGAGCAUGUAAUGACCUUCAUAUACUUCCAUCAUAAUGUUCUGAGCCCUUAUAAACUCUCAACUUAUCCCUAUUUGAAAUGGUCUGUGGAAAUGAUACAGCAAGCGGUCAGACAACUGAAUUAGCAUCAGCACAACUUGACCUCGACUUUGUGCAGAGGAGGUCCUUCAAGGGUCACAAAACUCACUUCAAACAGUCAAACUAAGUGUAUUUUUUGCCUCUAAUGUUUCCAGAAACGUAUUUAAGUGACUGUUUAGCUUUAAAAUGAGAAAAUUUGCAAAAGCAGUCGAGCCGAAACAAAAGCACCAGAAAAAAACAUCCUGUUUUUGGUCCUUUACUUUUAUUUUGCUAGACUAAGUGAGUCUCCACCAUUAAAGUAAACUCUCCACGUCCACUUCGGUCCAUGUGGUGAAAAUGUAAUUGAUUAAUUGAUCAACCACCUUGUUGUGUCAUUGUCAUACUUUCAGUAAAAUAUCUGUUCUUCUCUGAUAAAUGAGAUAUUCUGAUUUAAUGAUGAUCUAUUUGUUAUUCACAUAAGCCUUCGACUAAUCCUCAACAUUAAUGUCACAACACAAAUGAACACAGAUUACAUCAAACAUCUUCUCAUAGAUCUGUAUUUACACUUUGCUGUCUUGGUUUCCCGCAGUGAUCUUGAGGCUCAUGUGGAAGUUUGUGGACAAGAUGAGGUGUUUCCGGAAAAGAUCCAUGUUCCCUUUCCUCGGCUUCCUCAUCACCUUCCUCCUCUUCUUCAACCUCUACAUGGACGAUGGAUACGUGCUGGAGGCUGAGAAGAGGCAGCUGCGAGAGACUCUGAUGCAUCCUGCAAACUCUGAGCGGUACGUCCACACGUUCAGAGAUCUGUCCAAUUUCUCCGGGACGAUAAACGUGACAUAUCGAUACCUGGCGGGAAUCCCUCUGCCACGUAAAAAGUAUCUCACCAUCGGGUUGUCUUCUGUCAAGAGGAAAAAGGGGAAUUACCUCCUGGAGACGAUCAAAUCCAUCUUUGAUCAGUCGAGCUACGAGGAGCUGAAAGAGAUCGUGGUGGUGGUGCACCUGGCGGACUUUGACCUGGUCUGGUGUGAGAACCUGGUGCAGGAGAUCACCAGGAAGUUUGCUCACCACAUCAUAGCGGGGCGCCUCCUGGUGAUCCAGGCCCCCGAGGAGUACUACCCGUCUCUGGACGGCUUGAAAAGGAACUACAACGACCCGGAGGACCGGGUCCGGUUCCGCUCCAAGCAGAACGUGGACUACGCCUUCCUGCUCAACUUCUGCACCAACCUGUCCCACUUCUACAUGAUGCUGGAGGACGACGUGCGCUGCUCCAGGAACUUCCUGACGGCGCUGAAGAAGGUGAUCACCUCCAGAGACGGCUCCUACUGGGUGAUGCUGGAGUUCUCCAAGCUGGGCUACAUCGGGAAGCUGUACCACUCCAGAGACCUGCCGCGCCUCGCCCACUUCCUGCUCAUGUUCUACCAGGAGAUGCCCUGCGACUGGCUGCUCAUCCACUUCAGGGGUCUGCUGGCCCAGAAGGACGUGAUCCGCUUCAAGCCCUCGCUGUUCCAGCACAUGGGCUACUACUCGUCGUACAAAGGGGCGGAGAACAAGCUGAAGGACGACGACUUCGAGGAAGACUCCAUCGACAUCCCCGACAACCCUCCGGCCAGCCUCUACACCAACAUCAACGUCUUCGAGAGCUACGACGCCACCAAGGCCUACAGCACCGUCGACGAGUACUUCUGGGGGAAGCCUCCGUGCACCGGAGACUUCUUCCUCAUCAUCUUCAGUAAAUCCAUUAAGAUCAGCAGGAUUAAAAUCGUGACGGGCACCGAGGACAGACAGAACGACAUCCUGCACCACGGCGCCCUGGAGGUGGGGCAGAAGUCGGUGGACACCAAGCAGGGCCGGCAGUGCACCUCCUACAUCACGCUGGGGGAGUUUAAAGCCGGCAGCAUCGAGGUCAGCAACGUCGACCACAAGAUCGGCUUCGACAUCGAGUGCGUGCGAGUCGUCGUCACCGCCAGUCAGAAAGAGUGGCUCAUCAUCAGGACUAUCAGUUUAUGGACGACACAACCAGUGAGCCAGUUCAAAAAGUAACAGGACGUUUUUAAAUGGCCGCCUGUCUGUACAGUGUUCGUUCAGGAUGCAAGUUCAUUUUGGACUACUUCUGGGAAUAACGGGUCCUUUUUAUCAUGUCAACCUGCUUCCUAACGUCCUUUUCUCCUCCAUCACAAUCACUUCACAUUAAUUUAGAUCCCCCCCUAUGGUUCGUGGGGGGCUUAAAGUUUGUAUUUCAUAUGGUUUUGAAAACAUGUACUUGUAAAUGUACGUUUCUUGUGUAUUAACAACCCAAUAAAGAUACUACAUGUUAAAAAGAAAAGAAAGAUUUGUUGGCAACAAGUCAUCAGAGGCACAUAGUUUUGGUUUUUAUGUAAUUUAUUUUUAUUUAUUUUUUGCACAUAUAUUAGAUGUAUUGCGGAAAAUCAGGUUGUCGCUGCAGUAACUGUUCGGAUAGUAAACAAUGUUCCUCUGAUGACUUAUUGACACAGGAACAACAAAUCUGAACACUUUACAACUUUACCAAACUUAAAAAGUUCACUUUAUUCCCAACAUUUUACGGCGGUUUAUAAGGGCCAUGUAUGAAAAAAUAAAAUAAAAUACGGACCCGGGCGAGGGGAGUCAUAUUUUGAGAGAAAAGUCGCAAAUUUAUUAG